AUGGCGCAUCGUCAUGCUCACCAAUCCAAGGGUGGUGCGGACGUGGAUCCGCCAACCCGCUCUAUUCUAGGAGUCUGGUCGUCAGGGGCAGUGGCAGGCCAGCAGCAAUUGAUAUCUGUCACAGGUCCAAUUGAUGAGCCUGGGGUUGGUCCUGCGGAGAAUCUGGCCAUGGUGACAGAUGAUGCCCUUGGCGUACUCGGUGAAGGUCAUCUUGUUUCCGAAUUCAGAGCUUUUGCCAGCAGGUUUGCCAAAGCUUACGAGACACAGCAUGAAGCUUUGAAGCGAUUUCGCAUUUUCACUGAAAACUGGAGGCUAAUUCACGAGACUAAUUCGGCCAACCUGCCGUACAAUCUUGAAAUCAAUGAAUUUGCUGAUAUCUCUUGGGAGGAAUUCAAGCAGCACAAGCUGGGCGCGUCUCAGAAUUGCUCAGCAACGGAGGGCGGUCAUGUUUUGACUCACAAGAAUUUGCCGUUGCGUAAAGAUUGGCGGGAUGAGGGUGUUGUCAGUCCAGUGAAGAAUCAAGGCCACUGCGGUUCUUGCUGGACCUUCAGCACCACUGGAGCCUUGGAGGCGGCGUACCUUCAGAAGACUGGUAAUUUCGUCUCGCUCUCUGAGCAGCAGCUGGUUGAUUGCGCUGGGGAGUACAAUAAUCACGGCUGCAACGGUGGCUUACCUUCGCAGGCGUUUGAGUAUGUGAAGUACAAUGGAGGCAUUGAUACAGAAGACGCGUAUCCGUACCUAGGUCAGAAUGACCAAUGUCACUUCGCUCCCAAGCGGGUUGGAGCACGAGUUGCAGAUGUUGUAAACAUCACAGAGUACGAUGAGGCGAGUCUACAAGAUGCUGUGGCAUUUGUUCGCCCUGUCAGUAUCGCGUUUGAGGUGGUCGAUGGUUUCCGGUUCUACAAGAGUGGGGUUUACGUUUCAGACACUUGCAAGUCGGGACCUGAUACUGUCAAUCAUGCCGUUCUGGCGGUUGGGUACGACACCUCUGAAGAUGUUCCAUACUGGAUUGUCAAGAACUCCUGGGGCGCUGAGUGGGGAGAUGAAGGAUUUUUCAAAAUUAAGCUGGGAGAGAACAUGUGUGGUGUGGCAACUUGUGCGGCCUAUCCUGUACUCGAAGACUAG